CACCCACUCCAUCUAUCAAAACCAUAUCGAAGAGAAAAAGAAUCAAACUCACAAAAUGGUUGCUGCGCCUUGUUCCAUCUCCUCAAUGGAGCGCCCCGACUUCCCCACAAUCGCGGACUUCCUGCACUCCUCCAAGCUGCAGCUCACCAUCAACCGUCUCCUCUACAAGGACUGGCCCAACGACGCUGCUCAGAAGAGCCAGUGCACGCAAACCAUCGAGGGCGCAUUCGCGGACCCGCACGUUGAAAAUUUAAAAGCGGUCGAUGAGACCUCUGGCGAUAUCGUUGGCUACCUUGGCCUCACGCGCAAACGUCCUACAAAGCCAUCCGCGACGCCUGGGGACGGCAGCGACAAUGCAGCCACUGCCCCGCAGAUGGAAGUUCCAGAGUUCUUCAACCCGGAAGUGUUCAAGGCUGUUAUCGGGGCUGUAGGUGAGCUUUCGAAAGAGACGGCCGGAGUCGACCACUUUGAGGUUACGUAUAUCUACGUCAAGCCCUCGGCCCGGGGCAAGGGCAUCGGAUCGCGGCUGAUGGCGGAAGCCUUCGAAAGAGCGAAGACUGCAGGUGUGCUUUUGACCGUGUCCACUGAACCCGCAGCGUAUGCUUUCUUCGCCAAGCUCGGAUUCAAGGAGACUAAUCACGCUGAAUUUGACCUGAGCAAGUGGGCUCCGCCGUACAGUGGGUUUGGCGCGUUCAGGCUGGCCAACAUGGCUUGGAACUAGAGCUUGUAUGCUGCGUAGAGUUGAGCAUGUACAUGCGUACCUAGGUUUGGUGUAGAUUUAAAUGCAGAACAACGCGCGGCCUCUAUGCCUCUGUUUCCAACAAA